AUGGAUGCCCCCAAGAAGUCGUCUAGACGAGGGCCGAGGAGAAAGAACUACAUGAAGCAGCAAGAUGGCGUCGAGAUCGACACCUCAAUCGUGAACAACAAACCAGUUAACAAGAACGUCGAAGACAUAACCGAAAAGAACUACGAACGGCAACUGCAGAAUUGGGAUGACUUUGUAGACUCCCUUGAGGACCUCAAAGAGUAUGUGUUCCGCAUUGGAAUGGCCAUGAGAGGCGGAAAGCUUCCAGACGAAAGGCUUUCAUGGAAGGGCCUCAAUUCGUAUUGGAAAAAGUUUACCGCCGCCUACAACCGUGAACGAGGCACCAUACCAAAAGACCAUCUCACAUCGGUUACCCGUCUCAUUGAGCCACGCGGUGCACUGGGAAAGCGUCUUAACAUCGUGGCAGACAAGGGACCUCGGCGCCAUGCCACCGCUGAGGUAUUGACCUGGGCGGGAGAGUUCUUUUGGACUCUCGAUUGGAAGAUCUUCGCCCGACCAAGAUUACGCAACGAUCUAUGGGCGGCCCUUCUCCAGUCAGUGUUUACAGCCGCGCGAGUCUCUGAUUAUCUCGAGUCUUCCUCUCGAUACAACAGCAACAUAGGGCUCCACUACAAGGAUACCCAAUUCAUUGUGUACCAAAAUGAGAGAGGAGAACCCGAGUUCGCGCUUCAGUUGACUAAGUUUUUGAAAGGAAGAUGCCAUCUUCCCAGCACGUUGCCUACGCCUGACAUUCAUGAGCGCGGAAAAUUGGAGCCCCAGGCGCUGUACACCAAUCCCAUUCUGUUUUUAGCCAAGGAGAUCAUCCCCAUCCAGUGGCAUGGGAGCGUUCUCAACUCACCCAUUUUCUGCGGCGCAAGUGGGAGAAUCAUGACAGCAGGGCUCUUUUCCAAAGAACUGAGGUCUUUGCUUAUUAGGGCAGGCUUUCCAAAUCCUCCGGGCCUUCACUCUUUCCGGGCGGAAGGUCUUACUAAUAUUGAUGCGAAUCCCAACUGCUCGGACAUUCAGAGACAGACAAUGGCGGGGCAUGUGAACAACCAUAUCCAGGCCCGACACUACGCGAGCCGAAACCCAGGCAUCGACAGCCAGGCAGCCUUUAUGCGCACUCAGGCCAGGCUCAUGAAUAUAGGGGAGCUCUUUCGCAACCUCGAGAUUUCAUGGGAACCGGAACUGUGGCACUCCCUCCCCAUAGCGAAGAAGGAACAACUCUCGAUGAGCGAUGAGUAUAGGGAGAUUGAGGCACAGAUCAGGGCGUUUACAACCACUAAACUCGAACUGCCUAUGGACUCGCCGACAGACCCUGAGUUCAAGCACGAGGCCAAGCACGAGGUCAUCACUAUGUCUCCAGCCGAGGUGGACGAAGCACCUCUUGCCCAUCCCGUUCGCAAGCUCAGACGCGACCUUGAGAGCCUCGAGAAGAAAUCCCUUAACAUGCUAUGGGAGGAGACUUCCAAAGGAAUGGUGGUUGGCGACAAGCGCACGUUCGUGUGUAGAGGGAUCAGUCGACCCUUUUCGAGGCUCCGUUCGGUCAUGCCGCUCCGUCGACAGUUGGCAGAUCUUCUCACGAUACCGGCUCGCUUGAGAAGCACGGAAGGGAAAGCAGCCCUUGUGGCUCUGGUAAAGCUUUGCAAUUCCAAGACGGAAGCCGACCGGCCCGGCCUGGGUGCGACUUGCCACUGCUCAAGGUCAAGCUCGGAUCAUCUGCAUAUCUACAAAUGUACAAAGAAGCAGUUCUCGUUCGCAGAGUUCUGUUUCUUCUGCAAUCAGUGGCUGUAUGACGCCGAGGCGUGGGAGCGACACUGCCACGAUCACUUGACGCAGGACCUCAUUCCGAUGGAGUUGUCCUGGAAAAGGGUUGAGACGACUUUCUUGCCGGGUCACUGUCCUUUCUGUCUUUGGGAUACAGGUCUCGGGUGCGCAAAACGACUUCAAUCAUUCUGUUCCUUGUCUGACUGGGAGACGCACAUCAGAGCUCACGGCGUGUCAUGGCAGGAACGGUGCCCAAACCUACGUUGCGAAGGCAGCUUUCACGACGGUGAAUCAUACCAGAACCAUCUGCACGACCUACAUCGCGUGCCGAAGAAGCUCCUCCUGCCUGCCCAGACAAGCCUCAAGAGGGGGGUCGAUGAUGUCAGCCAGGAGGAGCUUCCCGCCAAGAAGGCCAAACUCGGAGAUGGUCCGGUCGAGGCACGUUUCGUCUUUCAUUACUGUGACCCAGGAGAGACGUUUUCGGGCAAAGGCGGGCUGGCCUGAAGUCUCCAGCCCAAGAGGAGGCAUGUUCUAUUCCGGGAAUGGACGAUUGUGGUCAUCAGGUGGACGGAUAUGGCCACCGCCGCCGGUAGGCUGGGAUGUCGGUUGUUACAUCUAGAAGUGCGACGCAAGAGACGGGGGCGGAGCCUGUACAACAAGAUCUUCGAGUUCGGCGAGAUCUUCAACAUGAACAUCACCAUCAUCGCCCAAGACAGAGGUAGCGGGACUACGAGGUCUUCCAGCCGGUACGAGACGUGAACUGGCCUCCAGCCAUGAAAGACAUCGUAAGAUAGCCACCGCCGAUCGUAGCGGAAGCAACUGACCGGACAGCGCCCCGAGAUUCUCCACACCGGCCGCCCCAUCCGCCAGGGUCGCAAGGGUCGCAAGGACCGCCAAUCGAAAUUGAGGCAAAUGGAGAAACUGAUUCGGCAGCGCAAGGUCCCAAUGCCACCG